UAUUUGUUUUGAGAAACCCUGAAAAUAAAAUUAUCCAUCUUAUUUCAAACAAACAGCAAUAGACAUGUCAGUUGAAUUGAAGAUGGAUUUUAUAGAGGAGUACAACAAUCCAGACAGUCCUGGAUACAAAACCCUUUCAAGAAAUAUCACUGUAUUGCUUGAGCAGCAGUAUCGCAAACUGGAUGGCUUCUUUAGUGUUUCUGUGACAAAAUUCAGGAAAGGAAGUGUUGUAACAGAUUUUACUGUCAAGGUCAAAUCUGGAUCACUUGAUGCGACUGCACUGAAUUCAGUCAAUUCAAAUCUCCCGGCAGCAUUGACAUCAAUUGCUCCUGUUAUUGGCUCAGUGACUGCAAAGUACUACAGUUCAACUCAACUUGGGUCAGAUGUAAAUAAGUUCAUUUAUACUGGUCAAACCAUGACACUGACAUGUGACCCUACCGAGGCCAAAAUGGGAAACAGUAAGAAUCCUGUAUGGAAAUUUAACAAUGUUGUAAUCGGGUCACAUCGGCACAAACCGUUUAUUUCUGGAAGUCAGUACAAGCUGGCAGUGGAAAACGUUAUUCUUGGUGAUGCUGGAAAUUAUGAAUGCUCAGUGCCAGGAGACACUAUUACUUUCAUCCAAGACAGAAAUGUGGGAACAAAUGAGAUCAGAUCAGCUCCUAAUGUGCGAGUCCAGCAAACAAUGUUGGCGAAAUGCAAUGAGGGACAAAAACAACCAGUCGUCUGCUGUGUGCAGUCCCCUUAUACUGUCAGGUGGUAUGAUGGUUCAACGCUUUUAACUUCAGUUGCCGGUGCAGAUACAGGCUGCAUCAAGUAUGAAUAUCCAAUGCAAAGCUGCAGUGUACAAACAAAACUAUUCACAUGUAAAGUUGCUGAAGACGAGACUUAUAGCGCAACAACAACCCUGACGAUUUUUACAGAUCCUAUUGUAUGUGACAAUGAUGUGUAUGGGUCUGGACGAACCGGUGACAAAGCAACCGCAAUGUGCCCUGUUGGCUUGGAGGGGCACAAGAGUGCAGUGUGUCAGGCAUCAGGAGAAUGGAAACUUGUGGAGGACUCCUGCAUUGUAACCAAGAUCAAUGAAUUACUUAUUAAUUCAGUGGAUCUGAAGGAAGAAGAGAUUCAGGUAUUUUCAACAAAUCUAAGUAAGGUUGUCACAGAAGAGGAGGGGGGAAUUUCAAAAUCUUCGGCAACAAUAUCAGCUAUUGUUAACAUAUUAAAUAUAAUCGCAGAGGUUUCAAAAGUGGUUACUAAAGACGUUAUGAAGAAUGUGCUAGCUACUGUCGAUGUCCUCAUUAGUGAUGAUGCAAAAGACUCCUGGAACUUUCUGAACUCAAAUGAAACCCAAAAUUCUAGCUCAGCACUUCUUGGCUCAAUGGAGACAAUCUCUAACAAACUGGAUGGAAAUUUUACUUUAAGUUCUCGACGUAUCCAGAUGGGCAGGUCCAAAUUCAGCAACUCUUUCAGUGAUGCCUUGACCUCCAAUGUCUCCAUAAACCUUCAAAAUACAGGCCUCAGUGACGUCUUUAUAACCACGAUUGUUUUCUCCACCCUCCACAACAUUAUGCCGUCACGGAAUUCUUCGUUUAACCUUACUGCGUCCGACACCACCAGCAAUGAAACUAAACCUGACAAUGCCAUCAAUGCUGCUGUCCUGCUUGUAAAAUUAAAUGAAAACAUUCGGAACGUCACUCUGAGCUAUCAAAAGUUCAAUACCACUCUGGAACUGAAUCCUCAGUGCGUCUUCUGGAAUUUUAGCCUCUUAGAUAAUCUUGGUGCCUGGGAUGACCAGGGCUGUAGGUUUGUUUCUGAUAUAAACGAUACUGUAACCUGCACCUGCAACCAUCUCACAUCGUUCUCAAUUCUUAUGUCAACUGCCAUCCCUGAAGAACUACGAUUAUUACUGGAUAUAAUGACAUAUAUCGGCGUUGGAAUAUCAAUGAUCAGCUUAGUUAUUUGUCUCAUCAUUGAAGGAAUUGUAUGGCGACCCCUUACCAAAAACAGCACUGCCUUUAUGCGCCAUGUUGCCAUUGUUAACACAGCCCUGUCCUUGCUGAUUGCUGACAUCUGUUUCAUCAUUGGGGCCGCUAUUUCAAAGAACCCCGCAGAAAACCCAGGCGAGGACUACAAAGUUCCAGUUGGACCGUGCAGUGCAGCGACUUUUUUCAUGCACUUUUUCUAUCUCGCCAUGUUCUUUUGGAUGCUUGUUUCAAGCCUGCUGCUCUUGUACCGGUCAGUCUUGGUCUUCUCCCAAAUGUCCAAAUGGACCAUGUUCGCCAUUGGCUUGACUGUGGGAUACGUUUGCCCUCUGAUCAUAGCUGUUACUACAGUUGCUGCCACUGCACCUGGGGGUGGAUAUGUAAGGGAAGAUCUAGCUUGUUGGCUAAACUGGACAAAGACCAAGGCCCUCCUGGCCUUAGUGAUCCCUGCCUUGGCCAUAGUUGUGUUCAAUAUUUUGGUCAUUCUGGUGGUUUUGUACAAGAUGCUCAGAAGACGAAGCACUGGAAACCAAGCCCAGGCAGAUGAGAAAAAUGCCCUGCUAGUCAUUCUAAGAUGUGUGGCUGUACUGACUCCGCUAUUCGGACUGACCUGGUGUUUGGGAAUUGGAACCAUGGUGGACCCAACAAAUGGAGGGAUCCAUGUUGCUUUUGCUUUCUUCAACUCAUUGCAGGGUUUCUUCAUUUUAGUGUUUGGGACGUUAUUCGAUGCCAAGAUCCGCUCUCUUGUUUUGCGACAAGUGCCUGCAUUAAGCUCUACUUCUAAUCGCACAAGGAGCACUAGUGCAGGAACUUCCUCCAGUAGAGCAGAAAACAUCAUAAACCGAAUUUUUCGGAGAAGGGGGGUGUACCAUGUUUCACAAGUUCCAAACACAAGCAGCAACACUGACUCCUCACAGUCAUACAGCAGCAUCUAAAUCAGUUCACAUCAUGUCUGCAGAUUUAAGCACUAAAUUCCUCUUUUUUUGUUGUUAAUUGAUUUGUAAAUGCUGCUUUUUAAAGAUAAAAAAUGGUUAUGAUGCUAUAAAUAGUCCAGCAUCAUAACCAUUGCACAAAGUUCCAUCCACAAACUUAUGAAGGAAGCUGAAAUAGGAUUUUUACACAGUGGCACAUCUCUUGUGCACUUUACUGCUGUUUCUGUCUUGAUAUUGUGAAGCCUACACCUUCACAGUCAGAAUGUAUGGGAGUUUUUACAGUGCAACGUAGAGAGCUGAAAAGAAUAAAAUAAUAAUUUCCACAACCCUGAACUCUUCCACUAAUGUUACACAAGAUCAUUUCAUAGAUGAUUGAAAGAAAAGUUAUGUAAAAUAUGACAACGUAAAAACAGUCAUAUUAGGAAUUACAUUUAAAAUUAAAGCAAAGAUAUAAUGGUGCCGCUUUAGAAAAUGGAGUUAAAAAGAAGUAUUUUUUAAAAAUGUUGAAGGCUAAUUCAAAAGCUGAGUGAAAUGUUGAUCUCUACAGAAAUUCACGUAAAAUAUGGAUAUUGGUUUGAUUCCCAUUCAAAGAUGUGGACAUUAGAUGAGUUGAAGAUGACUUGGGUAAUAAUUAAGAACAUUUUAUCAGAACAGCUGCAGAUCCCAGAAGGUUGAAAAUAAAACAAUGAGAGUUAA